UUAUAUGGAGCAGACUCCCAACUGCAGGUCUAUUCUACAUUAAAGUCAGCAUGGCUGCCUGUGUGCGCUGAUAACUGGACUGAUGCCUAUGGGAGAUUGGCCUGCCAGGACAUUGGAUACAAUGGGAGCAGCUAUAACAGAUCUGAUACAAUGAACUCCACGUACGCCCCCAAUGGGUAUUUCCAGUUAAAGAAUGGAUCUCAGACCAGCAAGUUGUAUUCCAGCAUUGAGCACAGCUCUUCCUGUUCAUUGGGACAAGUGGUCUCCUUGCGUUGCAUAAGUUGUGGUGUAUCUUAUAACAGUGUAGCCAGUCAUAAAGUAGGAGGAACUAAAGCUGCCUCAGGAAACUGGCCGUGGCACGUUGGUCUACGGUACAAAACAGGACUUUUAUGCGGUGGGUCCAUCAUUUCCCCCAAGUGGAUAGUGACGGCAGCUCAUUGUGUAUAUGGGUAAGUUGGUGC